AAUGCUUUUUUUAAACUGUCUGUUUGCUGGUCUAGCAAAAUUUUGGGUUUAGUAAUAUCUCAUACACUGAAUACAUAUACACGUACACAGACACGAGAUGCCCUAUCUUUAUGGGAUCGCGGACACCAAGUUCCUGGUCGGGAAGGGCAUUCAGAAGAAGAAGAAGAAGAAGCAGAACGAAUAUCCGCCCAUCAAGUUCCGCAACCAUCCCCAGAACGCGGGUCACGUGAAAUUUGAUCGUAAUGCCUGGCCCAUUCAGUUUCGGGUCCAGCCCGAUUCCCUUGUCGAGCUGUGCGUAAAUGUUGUCGACAAAUUGCCCCUGCCCACGGUUUAUGAAUGGAACGACAUGGACAUUCGGCGCUGGAUCAAAGGCUAUGGCUACCCGCAGUAUAUGAACACGUUCCGCGUGAACAUGAUCUGGGGCAGGAAGCUGCUGCUGCUGGACGCUGAUGCUUUGGCGGCGAUGAAUAUCAAGGACUUUGAGCACAUCAAGCAUAUUACGUACGGCAUACGGAUGCUGUUUCACUUCGAGCUGGCGAAAUUCUCGCGCAGCAUCUCGCUGCCGGACGAGAAUCCCAACGAGCUGUAUCUGCUGUGGCACACGCAGACCGGCCUCAACUAUGAUGCAGUGCGUCGCUCGGAUCUGUACAGGCGCAUGCAGCUGAUACGGGAGCGUGCCCUCAAUCUGGACCAUUGGGACAUGCUCGAGAUGUGGCUGCGCCGGGAGCGUGAACGCAAAUACACGGAACUGAUUGCCCUGGUGCCGCGCCGCAAUAUGUAUCGCUGUCCCCCGGCGACGGAGAUCGCCUCCGAGGCGGAGUUACAGACCAUCGAGGAUCCGAUCUGUCAUGUCUGCAUACCGCCCUGCGAGUGCGAAUGGCGCGAACGGGAUACACGGCUGCCGUGGCGCAUCAAAUGCAUCAAGCCGUCGAUAAUAUCGCUGCCGGCGACGCACAGCAAAUGGAUCGCCCAUCAGAGUACGUGCGUCCAUUGCAUACCGCCAUGCGAGUGCCGCUGGCCGUCCCGUUAUUAUUUAACCGGCACGGUUAUCAAGUGUCUGCAGCACAGUUUUCCCGAAAAGUUUGCGCCCAUUUUCGAUGAGCGUAUCACGACGGUGGUGCGGCCCAGUCUGGUGGAACGUUGGACGCGCUUCUCGAUUUGACACCGUAUACCGAGUACUUCGAGUACUUAGCACACUUCUCAUGCAGUAUUCGAGUACUGCCGUCGAGUAUUCGAGUAUUUGUAGCACUUCACAUGGACUAUUCGAGUACUUUGCAUACUUCCCAUCGAUGAUUCGAGUACUUUGCACAGUUCACAUAGAAUACUGUCGAUUGUUGUUCGCGUUGACUUGUCUCUCAUUUACUUUACCAAAACAUCAAUAAAAGUAACUU